CUAGUUUCAGGCUUCUUGCAGCGAAGCGGUGACUAUCUAAAAGUGGUACCCGCACGCGAGAAAGAAGUAAAAGAAAAACCCUUAUGUCAACCGCGUCGGUGCACGCGUCCACUCUCUGCUGUCUCUCUUCUUCGUCCAAGCUCAACCCCUCCUCUCGCACUUCCAUGGCCACCUCUGCUCGCAUCGCAGUCGUCGGAGACGUCCAUGAUGAUUGGAAUCUACAAGAAGAUACAAAGGCACUUCAGUUUUUGCAGCCAGAUUUGGUGCUGUUCACAGGCAGGUGAUUUUGGUAAUGAGAAUGUUGAACUUGUCCAAAGUGUUGCAAGUCUUGAAUUUGCUAAAGCAGUUAUUUUGGGAAACCAUGAUUCCUGGUUCACUCAACAGUUCUCUGGCAAGAGGAAGGAUGGUGUUCAACUUCAGCUCGAAUGUCUUGGUGAGGAGCACGUAGCUUAUCGGCGUUUAGACUUUCCUCUGAUGAAAUUAAGUGUCGUGGGUGGACGGCCAUUUUCUUGUGGAGGAGAGCAGAUGUUUCGGAAAAGGCUUCUGUCUGCAAGAUAUGGAGUCCAAGACAUGGAUGGAAGUGCCAAGAGAAUUUAUGAAGCUGUUUUGCGCGUGCCAGAGGGUCAUAUAGUUAUAUUGCUUGCACACAAUGGCCCAACAGGUCUGGGUUCUAAUGUGGAUGACAUCUGUGGAAAAGAUUGGGCCUUUGGGGGAGGUGACCAUGGUGAUCCUGAUCUAGCACAAGCCAUAUCCCUCCUAAAAGAGACUGGCAAGUUCUCUAUCCGUGUGGUUGUGUUUGGUCACAUGCAUAAAGAGCUGGCUUAUCGAAAUGGUCUUCGCAAGAUGAUUGCUGUUGGUGCUGACAACACUAUAUACCUGAAUGGGGCCAUUGUUCCUAGGGUUAAAAGAUUGAUCGAUGAACAAGGAACUGCUGACCGAAGCUUCAUGAAGAAUGAAACCCCUCCAACGCCAGAGUCUAUUGGCACAAAGCGAGCCUUCACUUUAGUAGAAAUCUUGGAUGGAACAGUGGAUAAAAUUGCAGAAGUUUGGGUUUCAGUUGUUGGAGAUGAGACUGCAUUAGAAGAAGAGCACAUUUUAUUUAAAAGGGGCAGUUAGCUGUCUCCUUUAUUUUAUUCCGCAUUCAGUCUCAUCAGAUCAAACACUAGGAACAUAAUAAUUUCUGUUGAAUGCCAUGGUUGGUGGUAGUGUAAAUUUUAUA